AUUCAAAACUAAAUAUCAUCAUAGCUUUACUUCAAUCACCUUCGCGGAAAUCAACACCGCAAUGUAUUAUGGGAUGGUAAUGGUGGGCGCGUGAUUUUGAACAAAUACAGAAUGCCUGCCCAGAGAACGGGCAUUGGUGUAGUUAACAUUCAUGAAAAUGAUCCAUCUGCUCAGUCAAUAGAAAUAAAUUCCAACAGCUUUUCUGGAAAUACUAUUUCAGUUGAUUAUAAUCAGUUAAAAGGCCAUGUGUUAAAUCCAUUAGACAAUCUGGAAGGUACACUUGGAAAUUUAGAGACCACAGAAUCCAACUUAGGAAAUGUUGAUCAGGUUCUAGUGGAUUCAUCUGAUUCUAAUAAUCAUACUCAAAUUCAGAUUGUCAACUCAACAGAGGAUAGUGGACAUUCAGAAGGAACGUUAUUAAGGUUAAGUGAUGGAUCUGUUGUUAGAACAUUGAUAGACAAUUCACAAAUUUUAAGUGCUAGUAGUUUACCAACUACAUCUUCUCAGGCUGUAAAAAGACAAUUAAAUGCUUCAUCAUCAAGUCCUAUGGUAACUAAAGUUAUAAUUACAAAAAAUCCCAACUCAAGUCAACCACAAGCUGUACCAAUUCAACUAAAUCCAUCAACUUUGCAGUCUUUGCAACACGGACAGACAUUAACGUUUAAUCAAUCAAUGGCACCUGCUGUCAAUGUGGUGCCGCAAAGUGCACAGACACCUACAAAGACUAUUACAAUUUCUCAGCAAGGAAUUAUGUCACCACAAAAACAAUAUUUUGCUUUACCUGUUAGCUCACCAAAGCCUGGGAUAACAAAAAUCCCUAUUUCUCCAGCAAAGACUCCUACAAAAAUAACAAUGAUACCAGUGACUGUUGGGAAAUCUCCGCAGAGGAUAGCGCCAGCUUCAGGUGUUUCUGUAUUAAGUAAAAGUUUAUCCGAUAGUGCUACAUAUACAGCUGUUCCUGUGUCAUCAGGACCUACAAUGAUUACAUUAUCACCUUCAAAAGUUUUUAAACAAGGCACAGUGGUACAAAAUGUUCAGCAGAGACCAGGGCAGAUACAAUUCCAACCAAAUCAGGCUAUUACAAUAAAUAAACCUCAGACACAAGGUGGUGUUCGACAAGUUGCCAUACCCUUAUCUAGCAUGCAGAAUAUUCAAGGCAGCAAAGUUCAAUAUGUUAGACUGGUAGCUCCAUCACAGCAAGGCCAAAUUGCAGGUAUUAAGACAUCUUUGGCAUCAUUAGUCCAAGGUAAACAGAUUUUUACAACAAGUGGUGGACAUCCGUUGACCAUACAACAAGCAGGAGGACAACAGAUGAAGAUUACGUUACCAGUUCAAAGUAACCAUCCACGACCUGUUAUAGCUCAAGGUAAUACACAGACAGUACAAAGAAUACUAUUACCCGCUGGCCCUAAUCAGAUACAAUUACGAGCAGUACCUAAUACCUUAGGUCAGAUACAAAGUAGUGGAGUGACAUCGUUAAGUAAUCUGAGUAAUCUCCCUCCAGGAACAACUAUUCUGUCCUCUGGUAAUUCUGGUUCUGGACAAGGAUUUGCCUUGGUACCUACACUUUUAUCACAGAUGUCUCAGCAGCAACAACAGGCCACAGUACAAGUGAGACCAAUGACUUCCCAGGCAACAGUAAUAUCACAACCACUACAGAACAGACAGGAGUUUAUACCGAUAGCCAGUAAUAACCCAGUCCUUAGUGCUUCAGUGGCUAAUUCAGCUAGAAAUAACAAUAGUACUGAAGGAGCAAUUGAACCAACAGGUGCAAGACCUAGAAAACCAUGUAACUGUACAAAGUCACAAUGCUUAAAAUUAUAUUGUGACUGUUUUGCUAAUGGAGAAUUUUGCAAUAAUUGUAACUGUAAUAACUGUGCCAAUAACCUUGUUCAUGAAGAAGAACGGUCAAGAGCUAUUAAGUCAUGUCUGGAUAGGAAUCCUAUGGCCUUUCAUCCAAAAAUAGGUAAAGGACAGAUAGGUAAUGGAAACAGACGACAUAAUAAAGGAUGUAAUUGUAAACGGUCGGGUUGUCUGAAAAAUUACUGUGAAUGUUAUGAGGCGAAAAUUAUGUGUUCUAAUGCUUGUAAAUGUUUUGGUUGUAAAAACUUUGAGGAGAGUCCAGAACGGAGGACAUUAAUGCACUUAGCCGAUGCUGCUGAAGUUAGGGUACAACAACAAACUGCAGCUAAAACUAAACUGGGUUCACAAAUAUCAGGAGUGCCAUCCAAACCACCUACAUCCACAGCGACAGGAGAAAGAUUACCAUACACCUUUAUAACAAGUGAAGUGGCAGAAGCCACAUGUGCCUGUUUGUUAGCCCAGGCUGAGGAGUCAGAACGAAUGAAGAUGCCACCUGUUGUACAGGAGCGUAUGGUGAUAGAGGAAUUUGGACGAUGUUUGUUACAGAUUAUAGAAUCAGCUAAUAAAACCAAAGAACUCAUCAUAUUUGCUGAGUAAAAAGGUGAUGAAGAAGAAGAAAGAUGAUUUCGAGAGAGAAUAUCUGAUUGGUUAAUAAAUCAUGUGAUAGAAAGAGUAAGGCAGAAUGGAAGGAGGGAUAAAAGAAGUCAUUAUAUAUAUUUACUAUGUAAUUAUAUUAGACUGUUUAACCUGGCAGCAGUGUAUCUAUGCAUGUUAUCAUGUCGUCCAUCAAUAUCAUACUUACACCAAAGUAACGCUUGAAAAUAACCCCUACUGCUCACAUUCAGAACGUCAUUGUGUAGAAUGUUAGUGUGUGAAGGCAAGAAUGAAAUACUAAAUGCUGCAUAUCUCUUGCUGGUAAUGUAUUCAGAAAACCAAGCUAGUGGCUAAAUGGAAACUAGCCUUAAUACAUGCCUACAUUAGAGUCAGUGGAAAUGUGUAUUGUGUUUUGAAUUGGAUUGACUGAGCUAUUGUGUAAUUUCAAUGAGAAAUUGUUACUGGAUAAAUGUUGAUAACUAUUUUAUGAUAUUGUACAUUUUUUUUAAAUUCACCAAAUAAUAUUUGUUAUUUCAUUAUAACUGUAUAGAAUAAUUGUAAAUAAUGUACAUAAUUGUUAAGUACUAAUAUAUAAUUAAAUUUUUAUCAUGUCUGGUUUGCUUCAAAAAGAAUGGAAGAAACAUAAAAUGUGUGAGACAUGUAAAAGUGUUUAAUUCUUAUUAACUACACAAACUUUACAAAUCUGUCUUUUUCUUGUUUUAUUGUGUGCUGGAAUGAUAUAGGGCAAUCAGAUAUUCAGAAUGAUGUAAAUAUAAAAAGAAGGAAGAUGUGGUAUGAUUGCCAAUGAGACAACUCUCCGCAAGAGACCAGAUGACACUGAAAGUAACAGCUAUAUGUCACUGUAUGACCUUCAGCAAUGAGCAAAGCCCAUAUCACAAAGUUGGCUAUAAAAGGCCCAAAAUGAUAAAUGUUAAACAAUUCAAACUAGAACACUAACAGCCUAAUUUGUGAACAAAACAAUGAAAAAAAAAAAAUAUUACACAGCCACUAACGAAGAAACCACUGAAUAAAAGGCGCCUGACGUUGAACAGGCACAUUUGUUAUUAAAAUAUCAGAUUUUGUUUCGAUGAUUUCAAAUUUUGCUAUUGCCAGUUAACAGUAAACAAAUAUUUUAUAUUAUGAAUUCAUACAAAUAUCAACCAAAAAUAAAAAACCUAGAAAAAAACCUAUGGUCUAACAAAAUAAACGUGAUGAAAAUUCUUCAGUAUUCAAAUAAACCUCACAUUAUUAUUGACAAUAUUGAUGUGUAAACUUAUUUUUGUAAAAAAAAUCUGAAAAAUAUAUCUUGAUAAGAUAACUUUUAUGACUGAGAAUAGUAGAGAAGAAUCAUAAAUAUUUUUCAUGCUCAUCAAUAAUAAGUACCACACCAUUGCACAAUUUUUGGAAAAGCAGUUCAACUCAUAUUUAAAAAAAAAAAAUUUAAUAUCAGUAACAUUUUGUGAAUAGAUCUGAAGACAUUGUACGAACCUUUUUAUUCAUCAUUUACCUUUCAAAUUGUUAAUAUAUAACUUUAAGGAUGUUUGAUGUUCUAAUUCAUAAUAACAAGCUUGUUAAAAGACUGUUUUAGAUGGAUAGCAAAUAUUUAAUGGUCAUCUUUUUCCCUUAAAAUCUUGUAGAAAAAACAGGGAUUUUAUAUUAAAGUUUUACUAAAAUGACUCUGUAAACUAUAUGUAAUAAAUUGUUAAAAGAAUAGAAGGGAUUAGUGGGCAAAAUUUGUAAAGGCCACAUGGUUAAAACCAGAGGAUUCUGAAUAGCUAACAGAAAGUCCAAAUCAAGAUAAGCAAACAUCCUCAAGUUCUAUAUUUUCAGUUAUUCCUAUCCCUAUAAUAUCCAAUUAAAAUAAAUGAUAUAAUUUCAUAUCAGUAAUGAAAAAAGUCAUUUUCAUUGUCAUAAUUGUAGUUUUUAAUCAGAAACAAAAUGCUUUAGUUUUAUCCUUGAAUAUAUAAGUUUUACUGCAUUGAGUUUUAAUCUUUAAAUUAGGGAUUUUGUUUUUCAUGUAUGAUUUGUAUGGUUUUCAUUUUAAUAAAACCGUAAAAAGAAUUAAUUAUUUAGAAAAUAAGUUCACAAUUUUAUGGUACUGAAUUUCUCUCAAAUCUAUUUCAAUCAUGUUAAAAAUCUUGCUCAGUUUAAUAGGAAUGAUUUCAUUUACAUCAUAUUUUAAGUAUCAUCAUUAAUAUAUGUAUUGUUUAAUGUAGUAUUGGUUCUCUUAGGCAGCUUUCUGAUAAUAGAAAUAGUGGGAUGUUUCUAAGGUGAAUGAAAUAUUGAUGUAUCAGAAAAAUGAAAAUAAGUAUCACAUAUAUACACACAUAUUACAUAUAAAAUUCAUGUACCUAUUAUACACCUAUUUUAAGUAUUAGAUACAUGUAUACAUAUAUAUUUAUAAUAUUCAACCCAUUUGACUUGAGGGCACUUGAGGAAUUAAAUGCAUGGGGCAUGGCAGGAACUUUUGGACCCCAACCACCCAUAAUUUAAAAUUUUCUUUUUUUUUUUUUUAUAUAUCUUACAAAAGUAAAAUGCAUUCAAAUGACAACUUAUUAAUUUAAGAAAUACACAUUUGCCCACAUAUGUCAAUUUUGAAACAACUCUUCUAAAGUAUUUACUGUUGAAAGUUGAUAAUUAUUGUCCAUUCCUUUUUUGAAUUUUAAAGAAAUUCAGUGAAACAAGUUAAUGAGUAAAAGUUCUUAUAAAAGAUUUUCAACUGAUACUGUCAAAAUGAUAGUCCUAAACAGAAUAUUUGAUUUAACAAUUUGAUAAUGCCCCAUGUGAUGUUUAUAUCUCUAUAGACCUUGAAAUCAAAGGUCAAGGUAACAGAAAUUUAUAGACUGGAGUGAGGGCAAAAAAAUUGGAUUAGGUGAUCUCUUUACAAGCAUAUGAAAGUGGUCUGUUAUACAUUUCGGAAAAUCAGAAAGGCUAUCAUUUUAUUUUGUAAUUGAACCAAUUUAUUGAUAUGUUUUUUUUCAAGUUUAUUCUCACGAUUAAUAUUAUUUUAAAUGCUUAUUGAAGUUUUCUCUUAAAAAAAAUAUGGUUACAGGGCUCACACCUCUUCAGAAUCAUCGGCAGGAGAGAAAUUGAUAGGGAAAAGUGGUGAGACUUAACUGCCUGUUGGCUCAUGGUGCUAUAAUCUUUGAUUCCUACAAUGAUUUAUCUUGCCGUCACUACUCUUGUACAAAAAACACAUCAACAUUUAUAUGAAAUGUUUUCCUUCCCUGUUGUGUGAACCAUAUUUUCUUUAAAUAGGUCAGUGUGUACCGGGUAAAAACAUUGUAACUAUUUACCAGUUAUGUCUUGACAGUGUCUAAAUCUUUGAUUUACUUCUCCCCUAUGUGUAGAAUCUUUCAAUCAAAUUUCUCUAUUUUGUUGUACAUAUUGUAGACCCUAUGUAGAUAUUGUUAUCGUUGUUUGUACAGUUAAUCAUUGCUCACACUUCACCAUGGGGUUGAAUUCCCCAAUAUGUAGUUAUUUCUUUCUGUUUUGCAUGAAUGUAUUUUAGAAUGGAAUCUAGUGUGUUAUUGAACAUGUGAUUUAUCUUAACAUUGCUUUAGUUGGUAUGAGAGAUGAAUGAAAUCAUGGAAGAAAAUUAACUUUUUUAGCUACCAGAAUAUAUAAGAUUUUUGUGCUGUAAUGAAAUGAUGUACAAAAAUAAUGUAUCAAUUGAAUAAGAUAGCAAUUAUUCUUGCAUAAAUGCAGAACUUUUAGUUUUUAGUUACAAUAAAACCAUUCAGUGUAUAAACAGAGAUAACAAAGACUCUUUCAGAUAAUGUGUUAUGAGUGUUUAAAGAGUAUUGUUAAAACAAAUGACACUUUCUUAUUUCAAAAUGUAAGUUUUCAAAAAUAUCUCCAAUAUUAUAGUUUUUUUUCUAGUUUACUUUUUAAUAUGCAUAAUAUUAAAUACAAAGUGCACAGUUUUUAAUACAACAAGCUCCAUAGUGAAGCUUUAUUAACCAGAGAAUCUUUAUUAUGGUAGUUGAAGUGUGGUUUAUGUGCAAUAUUAUAACUGUUGAAUGGUAUUUCAUUUCCUUGCAGCUUGUGUGAAGCAAACAAUAAACAAUCUCUAUAAUCUGG